GCAAAUAUUUCAGUUUGAAUUUAAAAUGGCAUUUAACUACACAGAAGAACAAGCAGAAGAGCUUCUUUCUGAGAUGUAUGCAGAAAUAGCUGAUCUUAGAGAAACAAUGAGCAAGCACUACCACUUUAGAGAUCGUUUUAUGGAAAGGCCACUGUAUGAUUUGUUAAAAGAAAACGAUUACGAGCCUAAUUGGCAAAAGCUUCAGCAACUUCUUGACGAUUACUCUAUCCAUUACUGUGAAGACACAGAGAUCAAAAUCUUAGUGAAGGAAGAGAAGGUUACCUCUGGAAAUUGUCCAAGUGACUUCUAUGAGAAGAAGUCUUACUUCAAGAAUUUAGUUAAUGAGCUGGCUACGAAGAAGUAUAAGAGCCAACUAGUGACUAAUCCUAGCUACAACUACAUCAGCAUAAAUAUUUUUCAUGAUAGGGAGAUUGUCUGCGUUGGAAUCAUGCUAGCAAGAAAGGUAAUUGGGAUUACAAGAGUCUACGAUUGCAUCGAUGGAUUCUAUCUAGAGAUUGAGAAUCUAGAUAUUAAUUCACAUCUGUAUGGGAUCGAGCUUCUCCCUGAAAGAGGCGAAGCUGGAUAUAUCGGCCCGAAUUGUAUAGAAAUAGAAGAUACUUCAAAGGAGAUAUACUACCAUGUCUAUCUUGAUAGAAAAGUACUCAAGGAACUUGGCUGAGAUAAUAUCUUUCAAAUGAACUUCAUUACAACUACAGGGAAGCAUUCUAUCAAAUAUGGGGAUCGAGAUGAGCAUUUUGACCAUGACUUCAUUAAAUCCAACUGAGGAUUUGCUCAUGCGUGUCAAUUUCCUUCAAACCCUCAAAGACUUUCGAAAAAUAUGCAAGAAUGUAAAGGAUUCAAACCCACCCAAGAGGAGUUAACGAUGAUCAGAUGAGACAAAUUUGAAGAUCCUCCUGAAAAAGAGAGGACUUCACUUGCAGAUAGAGUUUUAGCAACUCAAAGCAAAGAGAAUAGAGCACCUAGAGCAGAAGCCAUUGAUUUCUCGGAGCAUGUUGGUCUUGGAGUACAAAGACCCAAAGGAAGACCUCCUCCAGGCUUAGGAAUGAGACCUCCAAAAGGUGGAGCAAAGCCAGGUAAUAGGGGUAAAAAGGGACCUGCAAUCAAAAUGACCAAAGCAAUGGAAUUGAAAAUGAAAGCUGUAGAAGACAAAAAGAAGAAAGAGGAGAUGCAGAGAUCAAGAACAUGAAACUAUCAAGAUAAUAAUUAUAUAUCUCCUUCUCGACCUACAAAUCUACCAAGAAGAUCACCGCUGAAGAAUUCAAUUAGGAAGCCAUCUCCUCGUAUUGGAAUGCACCGAGAUAAUCGAGGUGGAUACAGUAUCAGAACACCUCAACGUGAUCAGAGAAGCAACAAUAGAGGAGAUGAUAGAAGAAUCGUUCCACUUGGAGAAAGACCGAUUAGAGGUGAUGAUAGAAGAAUCACUCCGCUCGAAGAAAGGCAGACUAGAGAUGAUAGAGGAAAUUUUAGAGAUAACAGAGGAGGCUUCAGAGAUGAUAGAAGAGAUCUAAGGAACGAUAGAAAGGAUUUCAGAGAUGAGAGAAAGAACGAUAAUCCUUCUUUCAGAUCUAUUAGAAGAAAUCGACCUAGUCAUUUUCCAGGAGGUCGGUUUGAGAGGAAUCAGACAUUUAAUGACAGACUCGACCAUCAAAGAGAUUUUUCUAAAUUUAAUGAUCCUGCUGAUGAUGGGCAUAUUAGAGGAAGAGUUUCAGAUGUUAGUAUGAAAAGUUGCACUCCUUUCAAAAAUGAGCCCCCACCAUCAUUUAAUGGUAGCUUUAAGAAUACACAAGAUAAUCCUCACAAUCCUUUUAACAGAAGCAGCCAAGAGUCUUCUAAUCCUUUUGCGCAGAAUAAUGCUCAUGAUAACCCUUAUAAAAGAUCAAACACAACUGUUGUUAAUCCAUAUUCUAAAGGAGAUCCACUAGGAGUAGCUUUUGCAGGAAAUACCACAAAAUGGGAGAAAUCCUUACGCGAAGGUGUAUUCGAUAGAAAACUCACUACACAUCCUACCUCUACUAAUCAGUUUGUGCUAAAGAAACCUGAGGUUAUCAAACUGGGUCUACCUAAGCCCCCUAGUUCAUUUGCAAUGCCUCUAAAGCAACCCAAAACUAAUCCAUUUUCUGAUGCAAAUUACAAGCCUGAUAUCCCAGAUAAUCCCUUCACUAAGAAGAGAGCUGAAAAGGAGAACACUAGUUUCAACAGACAACAGCCAAUUUUUAAGAAAGAGACUCCUGUGGCUCCACAAAGACCAGUAUUAAGACAGAUGCCAGUCCAGAAUAUCCUUCCUCCUCAGGACUUAGAUUCUCAAGAAGUGCCACAGUACCAUAACGAGGAGAAAUCCAGAGGAGCUCUGAUUUCAGAAGUACUUGACUAUUUUCUUCAUAGCGAUGUUGCCGAAGUGCUUGGAGGAAGUACCAGUCCUCAUACAAAAUCAAAUGUGAAACAGAACGAGGUUUACCAGCUGGUGAUCAAACCACUUGAGUUAGCCUUCCUCAGAGAUAUUCCAGUGAACGAUUGCUUCACUGAAUUAUACGAGAAAAAUCGUGGCCAUGACGUGCAGCUGUAUUUUAGGAGAAAUUGAGAGGUUUUAAACGCUCAUAAGAUUGUACUCUCUACAUCUAAAUAUUUUGAAAAGCUUAUAGAGUCUAGCUUGAGACAUAGGCCUGAGUAUACUAAAGACGGCAAGCUCAUAUUAAGAUUCGAAGAUUUUGAUUCAAGUAUUUUUGCAAGAGUUCUUAAGAUUAUGUACAAAUCUAAAGUUGGGGAUGUUGGAGUGCCAAUUGAUGAAGCAAGAUCUAUGUUCAAACUCGCUUGUAAGAUCAGAGCAAAGCAUGUACAAAGACACAUUAUUGUUCACCUACUUCUUCCUAAUCUAACUAUAGAGAACUGUCUGUACAUUCUAAACGAUUCUUUUAACCAGCUUGAGAGAAAUGGAGUUGAUGAUUCCAAUCUCACUCUAUUUGAGCUAACCAAGCUCUUUUGUGCAAGAAGAUUUAUCAAAAUUCUUAGUCUAUAUGGAGAUAUUGUGCAUAAACUCAAGAAAGAGUUAUUGCUAAAAUUGAUCACUAAAUCCUUAUAUUUUAUUAGUGAUGAAAGCAACAUAAAGGAUUUCAUUAAGUUACUUUAUUCAAAAGGAGCCUAUAAUGAUAUGUUCGAGCUCUGCACUCUUACUUCAAAGGAGUUCUCCAAAGCAGUCACUUUUGAUUUGCAGGAUAUCAAUAUUGACAGAGUAUUGCCAAAUAUAGGAUUUGACCCUGUACAGUAUGAUCUGAUUACGGAAGAAACCGUGGCUAAGAGAGUUUCUAAAGAACCAGGAAGUAAGGAUCAAUACCAAAAAAAAGAAGAAAGAUAUACUCCAAAGAGAUCACCUCUAAGCCAGUCUAAUUCAAGUUAUGAGUUCUCCACUCCUGUUGAAAAUAAAGUGAGUUCUUCAAAUAAGAUCAGUUGCAAGAUUCCUAAUUUGGAGCUCUCUUUGGAGGUCAAUCAUUCUGAUUUGGAAAGAGGAGGAGUCACUUAUUUCUCAGAAUGAUUUCACUCGUUUAGUGCAACCUGGAACUUAAAAGUCGAUAUCAAACCCAAUGGAGAUACUAGUGUAUAUCUAAUCGAAAGAGAUUACAAGAAGCCCAUUGAGGAAUCUAAUAACUUUGGACUUGUGUACAGAUAUGACCAAUCAAGAGCAAGCAAAUCCUCAAAGAGAAUCAAUAAUGGCCAAAACGCUUUAUUUUCUCUCAAUUUUAAGUCAGUUUUCUUCAGUGUUACUAUCUGUGAUUCAAAAUUAUCGAAGGAAUUUAAGCUGUUUCAUUCCUUCUCAAAGGAUCAGAAUGAGAUAGUUGGAUGAACCAAUUUCUUUAACAUGUCGCAUCUAUCCAACCAGAAUAUGAUUACUCUAAAAGUCCGGAUUGAUGAGAGAAUCCUCCACUCUGCAGUCUUGCAUAUUAUUGCCCAACGCUUUAUCAAUUAUAGCAGAAUAGAGGAAGAGACCGAUCCUGAAAUUGAGAAAAAGGUCAAAUACUGCUUACUCAAAAAUGGCAAUUUAAGAGUCAGCGAAGAAAAGAAAACUAAUUAUGAAGAAAGGCUGAUUAGAGAGAAAAGAGAAUGGAAUGAGGAGUAUGUACAACCCAGAAGAAAGAAAAGAUACUCCACACCACCUUCUGUGCUUAAGCAAAAGAUGGUAUUUAGCGAUAGAGAAAGAGAUCGAAGAUAUGCAAGGCAUGAUGAUCAACUUCAACAGUAUCGAGGAUAUCUUGAUCUUACUUAUUAUGAUCUCUCUUUCAUUUUAAAGUCAGAUCAUCUGAACAUUCCUACUGAACUUAAAGCUCUGCAUGCUGUCUAUCGGUACGGGAUUAAAGUCCUGAACGACCCAGGUGUUGCUAAUAGACUUAUUAAAUGCAUAAGGUUUUCGUACCUAGAGCUCUCAGAUAUCAUGAAUGUAGCCAGGAGUAAUCUGAAGUUCUUCUCAAAUAGUAAGGAAUUUCAAAAUAAAUUGUCCUGAGAGAUCAUAAGGAGAAUGAAAUCAGGGAUUAUCGGGAGCAAUCAGGGUGUAGACCCACCUCGAUCCCAAUACAUCAGUAAGAAGGUCGAAAUCCCCACUCACGUAGGAGAAGAAAUAGCAAGAUGGAUGGUUCAAUGGGAAGACAAUAGAAGAGAUAAAAGAAUGAUCGAGAAACUCCGCACUCAACUUACAAAAUAUCAAGAUGAGAAAUCAUAUCUCAAGAAAAAGCAUGAAAAAGAUAUGCAUGAAAUGCUCAGACAGCAAGAGAAGAUUCGCAGAAAUGCCACUCUCAAGUUCCAAAGCUCAGAUGAUACCAAAGAUCAAAGGUAUAACAAGCCAACUAGAAGAUCAAAUGAGCUAAAACCUAAUAAAAAAUACAGUGCAAUGGAAAUGCUUGGGAUUAGAAGGGCUCCAAUCUCAAAAUCUGAAGUAGAGUCUUCCAACAAAAAGAAACCUAUUACCGAAGAUUGGAGGCAGAAGAAAAUUGAAGAAAGAAAACAAGAGAGAAAAUUUGAAGAACAGAAGCAGAAAAGAGAGAUAGAGGAGAUAAAGACCAAUCCCCUAAGUCUUAAGAGGAGAGAGGACCAACAAAGAAGGAAAGAGCAAGGAACAUCUUAUGGCAAAAGAUUUGCCGAUGCCAAUAUGCAUACUCCUAUUGUCCCAAAUCAGAAGAGAAGCUCAGUGACAUACACAAGAAAUGCAAGAAGAAGGAAUCAGAGUAGAUGGAAAAUUCCAGUCCCUGAUUUUUGCUCGAUCUUCUAAGUAAUGAAGCUAAUAUGAUAUAAAAUAUCAGUUCAAUUC